AUGUCACAAUUCCGUGCCGCAAAGCUCGAUAUUGGCUGCUUCGCCAAAAUCCGCACCAUUCGCGACCACACGAAGCGCAAGGUCUUCGCCGAGAACGAGCCUGAACGACAAGCGCUUCGAUACAUCAUCCGCAACACCACAUUGCCGCAGCGAGUGCGUGCGCAGGCCCAGCUCCAGCUCUCCCAGAUGCACUGCUACACACGGUUCACCCAGGUCAAGAACAGGUGUAUUAUGGGUGGAAAGGGAAGGGGUGUCUUCAGUGAUUUCAGGCUUGGACGUUACCAGUUCCGUAUGAACGCGCUCGAAGGCAACCUCCCCGGUGUGAAGAAGGCAAGCUGGUAG